UUGCAAUCGACAGUUUCACAUACACUCACGGAUACAUUGGUAAUAAAUGAGGUUUAAUUUUCCGGAGUUUUUCCGGUAUCUCUGAGGGUCAUUAUGUGAGGGUUAGAAUUGGAUGGGAAAUUUUGACACAGUUCAUUCACCUUCCGCAGAAUAAUUUUAGCAGUUGUCUGGGAAUUUUUAUCAGUUUUUUAGCAUUCGUUAAGGUUGAAUAAGCACUAACUGCUUAUUAUGACUAGUGGGGUUCUCACUACAGGAGUCAUAAAUUAUUGUUUGCGCAAUCGUAUCGCCGUUCUCUUCAUUUGCACAUUGUUGAGGGCUUGUCGACAAGUGCAUCAUUUUUUGUCGAUAACCAUGUAGUACUCCAAUAGAAAAUUUUAUUCCUUAAUACGGCUUCUGAAUACGUUUUAGCAAUCAUUCUUCAGUAGAUUUUGUUUAUCGAUAGUAGACAUGGAGCCAUGUGAAACAUUUGCAAUUUCUUGUGAAUUAAAUUAUAUGUAAAUCAUUCACGAAUAUUCGUUUGGUCAUAUUCGAAUGUGUUAGAUAAUGAUCAUUGAUAGAAUUUGUCGAAAAAAUGUAAACAUUUGUCUAUUUUUCUUCAUUUGUUUUGCGAGUUAUAUGACCAUGUAUUUUAUGUGAGUGUAUUAUUUUUAUAAUGUCAUUGUGAAUAGUAGAUGGGCAAGAAGGAUUCUAGGUCCGUGACGUCACGCGCCGUUGUCCUCAUGCGACGCAUGGCGAGUGGUGGGUGGAGUGGAGAGGGGAGGGAGAAGGAGUGGGAGGUUGCGUUUGCUGAUGAUGUCGCUCAAUUAUAUUAUUUCUUGGAUGAGGGAUGGGGUGAAUUGCCAGAUCGCCGGUCCUGUGGGGAUGUACAAUUUUUGAGGGUGAGAGGAAAGAUUCUGGUCUAGAGCCUGUCGAUCUAAAAUAUAGAGGAUUUGUGGAUCGUUGCAAACAGCGCACUCGAAAAAUCUGGUCUCAUGCGUUCAGUGUGUCUGACAGAGAUGGUUGAUAGCAGUGGCGUAGCAAUCACUUGAAUUGAUGAUACAGAGAGUCAUGUGGAGGCAUCGAUAGUGGAGCGAAGUAUGAACACAAAGUGGAGAGCGCGAGAAUAGUCUGUAAUACCCAGGGCGGAAGCACGUAUGUGAAGAAAACACGUAUGUGACAAUUUUUAAUCAUCGGUAUCACUCCAUCGUAUCCAUCCACAUCGUUAUAGAUUGAGUUGUCAUGACUGCGACAUCUUCGACAGUUGGCAAUUUCCCGAUCUGACUUCAAUUUUUCUGGAAGUUUCUCCCAAAUCUCAUCGAUCUCCUUCUCAGAUAAACGAAGCAGUAGAACUUUCGGAAGAACUGCGAUGUCCUCAGCUUUCAUAUCUUUCAGAUUUCCCAUCUGACAAAAUAUUUUUAUAGAUUUUUUGAGUGAACCAUCGGAAUGCUUCGGCCACCAUACAUUAAUCUGUUGCCCUUUUUCCAUAGCACAGUUAUACUUAAUUAGACCCAGAUGAUAUCUUCGAUUUGUACAUCAGUCCCUGAAGCACAUCCUUGGCUUGCUCGUACGGUUUAUCACCAGCUACCCAAGCUAAGCCAUGGUGAUUGGAUGUCAACCAGCUGUUCGUCCACUUGUACUUCGGACUGAGCAAAUUCCAGUCGCAGGGGGCUUCGAAGAGUAUACUGAUCGGUUGAUCGUCUCCUUCCUCAGCUCCAUCAAUGAUAAGAGCACCAAUUUCUUUUAGAAUAAAUUCAUUCCCAUAACUCUGGAAGCCUUGUAAAUCCAAAAUUAUUUUCAUUGUACGUUCUUUUAAUCUUUGACUUAUCACUGUCUAUUCUAUUCUAUUGGACGUCUGUAGCUGUCCGACUGAUCACAGGUGGAUGAUUCCCGCACUUUAUAUAAAAACUCACGAAUGAGAGACUCAUCACUGUGUGGGAAAGAAUGUAUCAUUCCUCAUGAAAAAUAUUGCACCAUGUUUUUCAACAAUUUCACUUCAUGACGUUUAUUCCAUAUCGAAAAGGAAAUGAAACAUUAAUUGCUCGAGUCUAAUUCGAAUGAGUGUCAUGAGUCUAAUUUUCAGAAUUAUUUUCACCAUCGCACGAAAUGCAACACCACGAGAGGGAUUUCUAAAAUAAGUAAAUCGUGAUAUGGAGCCGGAAAAAACAUAUCCAUAUUCAUCACAUAAAGAAGAAGAAGGAAAUAUUUUUGCAGAGGCUAUAAGAGGGUGUCAAUGAGUCGUCAUACAAACCACCGUGAGCAUUCGAUAGAGGUCCAUCAACCAGGAUUACAGUGAACUGGAUUAAAGUGAAACUUUAGUGAAUUGUGUGCCCAUUUGAGAAUGAAUAUGCCGAAAGUGACAACGACUCCAAGCAUGGAGUGCGAGUGCCAGUUGGUACCGCUGUCCACUGAGUACGCUGAGGGAGGUGAAACUCAUUCAGACCCAUUAUUAGCAGCUGCAGGUGUGACAGUUCCAACUGCUCCAGCAAUGAUUGACUCUGAUGAUCCACCUACGUAUAAUUUUGCAGUGAGAAGAGACUUGGGGAUACAGCAGCAGCCCUUUCUGUGGAGGGGGGCUGAUGGAGCCCCCACACUGGCUGAAUCCAGCAUCAUCCAGGCAGCCCAACCAACCGAGGUUGUGGUACAACGUACCACAACCAUUGUGAAAUCCCCCGGGGAUUCAUCUCCGACGGGCGCCACUGAGUCCACCGCUGCCAUUAAUCAUGAAUCCAUGGUAUCAGCGGCAUCCGCAUCCACACUUGAUGAAUAUGCUCCUGGGGCAUACACCAUCGUAUCAACCCAGCCAGCUGAUGAAGAAACCAAGGAUUCAGCGGAUUCAGCGGACUCCAAUGAAUCUAUCAAUACACCGCCGUACCCACAGCAUGACAAUCCCCUUCAAAUCGAUACCACCAUUCAACUCCCCGAUGAACAACACGACAAUGCAGGUGGAUCCAUUGGAGAUCCACCCCAGUGUAACACCAAACUUUCUACCGAAUCACCUGAUGGACAGACCAAUGAUUCCAUUGAACCCAGUCGACCUGUCUUCACCAUCCGUAAACAGCAUGACUCUUCAUCCGAGAGCAAUGAUGGAGAGCUCUACUCACCUUCAUCAACCUUGGUUGAAGGACUGUUAGAGGCAGAUGAACCUACGGCGCCCCCACCAUCACACAGUCAUUCCUCUUGCUCAACAUGCUCUUCCAUUCUGACAUGCUCAUCGGACGUUGAGUCUGUGGAAGAAAAUGAGGAGGCGUAUGAUGUCGCAGUCACUCAGUUCUACGUCCCUGAUGAAUGGAGAGAUCGGCACUCCGUUGCAGCAGUGGUCAGUCAAUUGUUCAACAAAAUGGCUAACAUGAUACCAGAUGGUACAUUCAUCACCGUGAGUGGAGUUCGAGCUCAGAUGUUUGUUUGCAACCGUGGUCACAUCAUGUUCGUCAAGGACUCUCUGUUAGGGAUGUUUGAGGAUCGUGUUCGACGUAGGCAUGAGGCCUUAGUCGAGCAGAAGGCUGGAAAACUCUAAGAAUGCAUCGGAUUCAGCAGAUAACCUCGCACGAAACAUUAUUUUCAUUUAACGUAGUUUUUUAGUAGUGUCAGAAAAAGAGAGAACCUCUGCCUCUAUAUUCCUCAUUGUUCUCUAAUCAACAUAAUUGAUAUGCUCUUUUUCAUAUAUUUUUCAUUGUCAAUUCCUAAAAAAUAAAAGAAGAAACUUAAUGAUAA